CGAAAUGUUCUGCAUGUACUGGCUGCUGGCUGUCUUGUGGCAGCUCUGCCGCUGUCCUGGGCUGCUGGCCUUCGACUACUGUGAUCCUGUGCUCUGUCCGGGGCCCGAGAAGCACAUUGCGUGCAAUAACUUUGGCGAGCUGGCGGAGAGCUGCAGUCCGGAUGCGCAUGUGGUGCGCAUAACGACGGCGCGCCGCAAUAUGAUUCUCAAUGAGCUGAACGAGUAUCGGGAUCGCAUUGCACGCGGCGAUCUGUUGGGCUUCAAUCCGGCCACGCAUAUGGCGACGCUGCAAUGGGAUCCGGAGCUGGCGAGCUUUGCGGAACUGAAUGUGAAGCGCUGUGCCCUGGUCAACGAUCAUUGUCGCAACAGCGCGCAGUUUCGCAAUGUGGCGCAGGUGGUCGCCGAGGGCGGCUGGCAGGGCGCGCUGCUGACUGGCGCGUUCAACGACGAGGAUGAGUCUUUGGAGCCGCAGGAAUUUCAUACAGAGGACGAGGUGAUCAAGGCGACGCUGGAGCAAAUGUUUGCCGAAUAUCGCGAGUGCAGCAUGCGCGACAUUGUCGCCUACAGUCCGCCACUCAACAGGAUUUGGCAUUUUCUCAUUAGCAAGUGCAUUGCGUACUUCACGCAACUCGUGCGGGACAGCACCACCCACGUGGGCUGCGGCAUUCUGCGCGAGACGCGCAACGCCACCAACAGCGCUGGCCAAUGGCAGCUGAGCACGCAUCAGUAUAUGACCUGCAACUUUGUCCGUGGCAACGAUGUGAACGCGCCGGUCUACAAGAGCGGCGAUAAGCCGGCCACCGAUUGUCGCACCGGACGCAAUCCGAUCUUCAUCAAUCUGUGCUCCAUCAACGAGCUGUACGACAGUGGAGCGGCCGUGCUUGGUUACUUCUAAACGCUUAACAAACUUAAUUAAAUAAAAUCAAACGAAAUUGCG